AAUAGCAUUUUUUAUAUUUUUUCUUUAUGAUUUUCUUUGUAUUGCUGCUAGUUUUUUUCCCAAAGUAUACUGUUCUCGAGUUUUAUAAGCCCAGUUUACAAGUAAAAAAAUAAAUUUUACAUUAUAUUUUGUUUUGUGAUGAUGAGUUGAUUCUGGACGUGGGGCAUUAGUGGCCAAGGGUGAAGCUGACGGCGACGUGGAACACGUGAGACCACGGGCGUGGCGGCUAUGCUAUAACGAGGAGGAACAACUAUUGUUGGUAGAGCUGCAACGUGGAGGACAACUGGUGUUCCUCUAGAAUUUGCUGGAACAGUCGGCUGGAGCUGCAAUGUUGAGGGACAAUUGGUGUUCCUCUAGAAGCUACUGGAAUCGUCGGUUGGAGUUGCAACGUGGAGGGACAGCUGGUAAGGAUUUUUGAAUCUCUACAUAUAGACCAAACAGAUUAUGUGCGUUUCGUUAUUGCCUCAAUCGCGUAUACUUUGCUUGCUUAUCUCUAUUGUAACGUCUCGACACACAUGGAAGAUAUUAUCACAAAUCAGAUGGAGGAACUCUCAUUUACUGCUCUUGAUGUAGGAGCCUUUGUUCCUGAAGAAGCUCCGGAGGUAGAAAGUACUGUAGCUUUGGAAAACUGUUCGAUUGGGACGGUGAUAACCCAAAAAUGUGUUGAUGGAGGUACGUUAAGCAGGGUUUUUAGGCCUGUCUAGGGCACGAGGGAUCCAAGAAUAACGUGAACGUUUCUUCAGAAUUAAGUUCACUAAUACUGAGGCCAUGGAUCUAGUUAUCAAACGCAGUUCAUGGAGUUUUGAAGGGGAUUUCUUCUUCUUGGCUCCAUAUGCUGCAGAUAAGGGACUUGAUGAGUAUUCGUUUGAAAUCAUGGCUGUCUGGGUGAGGAUUUAUAACCUGCCGUUGGGUGCAAUGACAAAGCAAUUGAGACUCGAUUUGGGAUCGUGUAUUGGCAAGGUGUUAGCAGUGGACAUGCGCCUUCAAGGUGGCAAUCUCGUGGACUUUCUGAGAGUGAGAGUUGAAAUAGACAUCAUCACGCCCUUACGACGUUAUGUUCUUUUGGGUAAUCGAAAGGGAGGUAAACCAAGAAUGUGUCCAGUGAAAUAUGAAAGGCUUUUGAACUGCUGCUUUGAAUGUGGUAUUCUUGGGCAUGCCACGGUCAGUUGUACUGUCCAAGUGGAGCAGAAAGUUAAACCUCCUUACGAUGAUUGGCUUAAGGUUCCUAUGCAGCAACCACGGGUAAAAUCUCAGUUGCAUCGUUCUAUUAAAUAUGCAAGGAUCCCAAGGUGCUUCGGAUAAGGGUAAUGAUCUCGAUCCAAUUGAGGAUAUGACGGGGUUGAUGGACACGGAUACCCCAGCUGGUUCUACCCAAGUUAUUGAUGAAGGAAGCCAUACUUCGACUGAACUCAAAACGGCCUCACUUGGUGAUGAUAUGGUCGAUGUUGUAGAGGAGGAAGAACGUCCUAUGAUGAUACGGGCAAGGGUCUCCAGGAGGGUUGGAUGAUGCUAAUCCUAUGGAACCUAUUUUGAAUGGCGGUAAUGCUAGGGAAGAUGGGGUUAGUGAGACUGCUAAUGUCGCGUUGCGGGCUUCGAAGGGUUUACCAGCUGUUGUUCCUAAAGCCAAAAAGGACUUUGUGAGUACGAUGCAAGCUAAUUCCAAGCCGGUUAUUGGUAACAAGGAUGACUCAGUUGGUAAGUCUUCCAAACGGCAGCUACAAGGGAAAUACAAGGUUACUAAUCCUAUUACAUCCAGACAUUCCAAAGGUCCUCUACUUUUGAUGGUGGGGUUGGGGCACGUGACAAGAUGAAAAAGAUAGGGGUUGGGGCACGUGACAAGAUGAAAAAGAUAUCAGCGGAGUCUGCGAGAAAAUCUCGUCGGACGCCAUAAAAAUGUUAUGUUGGAAUUUACGUGGUUUAUCUAAUGUCGCGAUAGUCUCUUCGGCGAUUUAUUGCCCAUCGUUCUAUUUCAGUUAUUUUUUAAGUGAAACUAUUUUAAGAAAAAAUAAGAGUGAAUAUGUUCGUAGUCAAUUAGGAAUGCA